CAAAGAAUGCCGUAAGAAGAAAGGAAAGGAAAAGGAAAGGGGGCGCCUAUGGAUGCUGCUGCGUCUAUAUAUUUAGCGUAGUGGAAGGGUUGAAAAACCAAAGCUCCUACCUUUGAUCUCAACCAACUCAAACCCAUCAUCCUUUUCAAACUCCCACUGCCCACGCACCAAGCAGAUCUUAAUCACAAGGGUAGGGUUUUUUUUUGGGAUAUUAUGAAGGAGGAAGGAGAGUGCUUUCAGGGGUUUCAAGAGCACCUCCUAAUGCAACAAUUCCAGACUAUGCAACAAAACAGCGACGUUUUUGGAGUAGGAGGUGGAGGAGGCUUGAUUUUUCCUGAAGUUUCUCCUAUGAUGUUUACGCCUCCGUGGACCGCGACCACAACCAUCCCUCAAGUCCACCACGACCCCUUCAUCCCGCCGCCGCCCCCACCUUCCUACGCCAGUUUCUUCAAUAGGAGAAAUGCUUCUCUGCAGUUCCCUUACGAUAUUGGGAACAAUAGCCUUGGAAUUGGGCAGAUGGGUCAGCCUGGGUCUGGCCCCUUUGGGCUGCAGGCCGAGCUGAGUAAGAUGAGCCCUCAAGAAAUAAUGGACGCCAAAGCUCUUGCUGCCUCUAAAAGCCAUAGUGAAGCUGAGAGACGAAGAAGAGAGAGAAUCAAUAAUCAUCUUGCUAAGUUACGAAGCUUACUCCCAAGUACCACCAAAACGGACAAGGCAUCCUUGCUUGCAGAGGUAAUUCAACAUGUAAAAGAGCUGAAACGCCAGACGACAUUGAUAGCUGAUGUAAGUCCAGUUCCGACCGAGCUCGAUGAGCUAUCAGUUGACGUCGAUGCAUCGGACGAGGACGGUAAGUUCGUGAUAAAAGCCUCACUUUGUUGUGAGGACAGGUCUGAUCUUCUCCCACAGAUCAUUAAAACCCUGAAAUCCCUCCGCUUGAGAACCCUAAAAGCGGAGAUCACGACGCUGGGCGGCCGAGUAAAGAACGUGUUGUUUAUCACCGGGGACGACGACUCCUCCAGCGACCAAGAGGAGCCUGAACAGCAGCACCACCAAUACAGCAUCAGUUCCAUUCAGGAAGCCCUAAAGGGCGUGAUGGAAAAGGUUUGUAGCGAAGACCAAUCAUCCUCAGGCAGCAUCAAAAGGCAAAGGACCAAUAAUCACAACAACGUCAAUAUUUAGGAGGAGAGGUGGGUUUAAGUGUGACAUAAAAUUAUGAUAUUUGUUAAAAUAGUAUGUUAAGUGUGUUAGCAUUAAGAAUGUGACAUAAAAUUAUGAUCUUUGUUUUGGUGUGGCUUUCGUAUGUACAAUUAUUAUUAUUAUGUGUACUAGAGAGCAGUGGAUGAGAAGGGAAUGUAAUGAUGUUUGUGAUGGAAAAGGGUAAGGAUCUUUUUCGUGGGGAGGAAACCAAAAUAUGAGGAUCCAAGAUGGAAAUUUGUGAUUUUGAGUAUUAGAAGUGAAAUGAAUGUGUAUUGGGGUUACAGAAGGAUCUGAGUUUGGUCCCAAAUUUGCAGAGAGAGUUUGGGUUUGUUUUGUAGUCAAGUAUGUGGCUGGCAGAGAAGCUGCCGUCUCUUUACAGUUUUUAUUGGUGGGAAUUAUGUCAUGGAUGAGACAAUGUUAACGA